AUGGAUCACAGACCUCAUGCCUUGGGGCCAAUCAAUCAAAACUGUGCAGAAACUUUAAACCAAUCUGAAAAACUAACUACUAUCGGAAGCCCCAAUCAACAGCUGAUUGACAAAAUAUUGGCAAGACGCAGAUAUGAGUGGAAAUUGGAGGAAUUAAAGGAAAAUUUGAAGAAAGAACUUUAUGAGCUUCAUUUACAGAAGAAACAUUUGAAAACAGAAUUUACGAUUCCUUCACACACACAUGACAAUCAGAAUGCCCUUCAGGCUCAAAUUAUUCAGAUUAGGAACAAACUCCCAGCCAUGGAAGACCGAAUUAAAGAGCUAAGAUUGAGAAAUACUAAACACUGUGAGAAAAAAUUAAUUUCAUAUACUGAAGAGGAAGGAGCAGAACCAUAUCAGAUGAGAAACAUCACCAUGGUUCGCUCGAUACUCAAUGACAUGGUGGAAAAUUUGAUGGAUGAUUACAUCCAGAAAGUUCCAGACCGAGCAGAUUGCUUCUCUGUAGAACAUUUGGCCCAAAAAAAUAUGCAGGAAGCUAACAGGCUAAUGAAACAAGUAGAGAAGGACAGAGUUACAAGUCUUAUUAUGGAGCAGUUUGUUUUGGAGGUUACACAUGAGUUGUCCAGUGAAGUUGCUGAAGAGAUCUACAAAGUAAGCCAGAUGAUCCACUCAUUAGCAUUUGGUGUUAUCUUUAAUGCAGUUCAGGAAAAUAGAAACCAGAGACAAAAGCAAAGUGGGGAUGUUAAGCAUACCCCGUCCUCUGAUCACCUGGUAACUUUGCUGUUGGAACAACAAAAAGACAGAGAGCUACACAGGAAAGGUUUAUGGGGGUCACAUCCGACACUGGCAUAAGGAAACAAGAAGGAAAGAAUGUCUGGUUGAUGACUGCAUAUAAUCCUGAACAUGGUGAUGAUUAACUUGAUAUACUAUGAAAUCUGUCAACACAAUGGAAUGAGAUGAAAAAUUCACAAUUACAUGUAACAAGAAUGCAACAAGCAUUUGAUAAGCCAGAAAAGAAAGUACCCAUUAUUUGCAUCAAGACAC